UGACACUUAGUGAAGUGUACAUGUAAAACCACUAAUGAGCUGCCCCCGCCCUGGUGUCGUGGUGCCUCCUGUGGAUUAAGGUUUACUGGCCACUGAGCCCAGUGCGUGAAAGUCCAGCUCCUGCAGCGACCGCAGGAUUCCUUCCUCUCAUCUCUGGAAGUGUGUUUAGGUGGAAACGACAUCGCUGAAGAGCCCGGGGGCCGAGUAAACUUCUCCCCCGCUGUCCCUCCGUCCGUGUCCACCCUGUACUGCAGCAGGACACGCUGUCCUGUCACACGUGCGUCUCAUUUACGCGCAGAUCAGAGGGCUUCCGUUUCAAGGAAACGAUGGAGGAGGAAAGUUUCUGACGCCUCUCCGUUUUGUUGGGACAGUCCGCAGGAAAAGUGGAGAUCAGUUUUCGCUGCCUCGUCCCCACAACAUCAACAAGUCAGAAGUGUUUGUAUGGAUUUGAGGUUAAACGGGUCUCCAACACUGAAAUGUCUCAGGAGUGGAAAUGCAGCUUCACGCCUGCCUGCUGCUUUUUAUUAUCACAACAGAUAAAACAUUGGUCUUGUCGCUCUCAGACUGUGGUGGAGAUGUCAGUGUGGGUCAGGAGCCAGUCGGUCACAUUAGUCUCAUGUUACCUGGACCUUUUACUGACACUAACAGGCUCAACUCUGUGAACCACCAGUCUGACAAAAGCAUUUCAAACUGUACAUGGAUGAUUGAUAUUCCAUUAGGUAAGUCCCUCAUUUUAAAGGUAGCGUUGUUGGACAGCGGUUCACGGAUAUCAGUGCACUGUGUCUGGAACAAAGAAGAUCAUGGUCAGGUCCUGGAGAGAGGGGGGACAGCUCUGCUCUCCGGCUGUGAUGGAAACAAAGCCACCCUCACUUGGACAGGAGUGGGACACUCCUCAAAUGUAAUUCAGCUGUCCUAUCAUGUCCAGGAAGAUGAGAGGAAUUCCUCGUUGGACAACACCAGCCCAUAUUCAGUCCGAGACCAUAUGCAUUCGACUCGGAUAGGCACCAGCUUUACAAGCACAGCUCCUCCAGAGUUGGUGAGAAGGACAGAGACGGUGAGAGGUCACCUCCAUGAAGGUCUGGAGUCGAGUACAAGACUUCAGUCUGUGUCUGGUCCGUCCUCUCUGGAGCAGGACCUGCUACACCCCACCUCACCCCUACAGGGACUCAGUGCUGAUGAGAGGGGAACUCUCCCUUUUCCUGAGGAAGGACCAAACAAUGGAGCGGAUACAUCUGGUGUUGCUCACCGCACCGAUAGUCCCGUAUCUGCAACACACCCCUAUUUUCAGCAUGCACUCCACACAGAACCAUCAAACACAGAAACAAGCUCUAGCAAUGAGCUCCCUCAAACCCAGACGGCACUGACAGAUGCAACAGCCAGUAAAUCCAGCACCUUUAUUGGCACAGGCACAUACAAACCUGCAACAAGUCACACGGUUACACAUUCAACCUCACAAAGUUAUCACACACUGUCCACCUCCAUUACCGUGCCUAUCACUUCUUCUCCGUCUGAGCUACCUCUCCUGACAACCUGGGAGAAUGCUACUGUCCUAAUCCCUCAUAGUGGGACACCUGGGGAGAGUCAAGCCCACUCCAGGAGAAACCAGAGAAGCACAGACCGAAUCAUCUCAGAUCUGACCUCUGCUAUCACUACUGACCCUUCAGAGUCACCCUCUGACCCUUGGCAGGAUUCCUCAGGCAGUGUGCAUGUUGAUAGAAAACCCACUGGAUCAUCUACAUCCUCACAGUCUCAUGCCAUGACUCAGCUGUCAUCCACCAGCUACAUCACAGAGUCUGACAAUGCUUUUAGUUCAUUUCAUCCAGUCAUGAGUGGAACCGGCUCAUUUGAAUCAGUAGCAUCUGAUGUUUCCAGUCCAACGGCUUUGUUUGAGCCUUCUGGUCAAUUUGAUGACACAGUGAAGCUGCACACUCCCACUGCUUCCACACAGAGUCAAACUAACUUGCCGCAAAGCACAGGGAGCCUCACACGCUCUCCUCACAUGUCUUCUACAGCCACACAGACACAAAUGACGACAGAGAGGGCUCAAAGAAGGUUCCUUGAUAGACUUUUGACCACAGACACUAUUCCCUCCUCCCUCGGUGUUACAACAGUUGAAGGCAGUACUUCAACUUUCACAGGUCCAUCACCAUCACCCAGUGAAGCACUGACAUCGGCAGGUGUUGUCCAAAACUCAGCUGUAACAGGAACAACUACCGAAACGUCUACACAAUAUCCAACUUACACACAUGAACUCGCACCAACAAAUUCACCUGUUCAUCCUGUACCAUCCAGUACUUUUCUACAGCAGUCUGCAACUACUCACACACAUACCACCGACAUUUCACACAACUCUCACACACCCACAUCUCUGUCCUCUGUGACCGAGUCCACCACCAUGCCAAAAGUCUUUGCCAACCACCAAACUGAGCCUACAUCAGCACAAACAUCAACAAUGAAAUCUGCAUCUUCACUCACACCAUCCCAUGAAUACAUUAGUACUACGCUUUCGUCUCUGCUGUCAUUCACAAGUGCAAGAUCAGAUAACGGUGAUAGAGAUGCAGACGUAGAGACGGAGGAUGAGUCUUGGCAACCUUUUCACAGCAUCUCAUCCACACGCACUCCCACAGCUGGACCACCACAGCGACAUCCACCAUGGACAACCCCACAUUCAGGUCAGGAGAGCAGUGCAGCACCCACAGCUUCUCCCUUAACCUCUGAACCCACUCAGUGCUCCACAACCAGUCGGACACCCCAGUUUUACAUCGUGCCAGACCAGCCUGCAGCUGUUCGAGUGGAGUCAAUUGAGCUGCUGCUGCAAAUAAUUGUUGAAGAGUCCAGAUCAGCUUUUACCUCUGGCUUGGAGGAGGACACUAUUGCCUGGGUGGAACCUUAUCUACAGAAAGCCCCAGGGUUCAGCAGGCUGCUGGGGGUCUGGAGCAGUGGCCAUGCAGUGCAGAGUUUGGUGGAGUUUAAAGCCAGCGGUGCUCUGCACUGGCUCAGUGUGACGGGUCCAAACUCACUGCUGGAACGAACAGGUCUCGCUCAGGCUGCUCGUGAAAGGAGGAGCUUCAGAUCGUCCAAGAUCACCAACAUCACACUGGGAGGUCUGCAGGGCGACGUGUGUGACUGGUUACUUCAGUGUCCUGCAGGCUACAGAUGUGCGUCCCACCCUGAAACUGCAGCAUAUAACUGCUCCUCCGCCUGUCACUUUGACUACUGUCACCACCAUGGCAUCUGUACGCACCAUCCAGGCCAACUCCCAGUGUGCCGCUGCCUUGUGGGAGACGACUUCUGGUACAUGGGCCAGAGGUGCGACAUGAGGAUGACUCGUGCGCGGCUCGUGGGUGCGUGUCUUGCAGUCUUACUCAUCAUGGUGGCAGUCAUCGGGGUUUUGGCCUUUGUGGCAGUGCGACGCUACCGAGCCAUUCUGAUCCAGGCUAAAGUCGACCAAACUCGCAGCAGUUAUCGCAGGUUCAACCACUUCGAUGAACUAUCAGGUCGGUUCUGGUUGCGUUCGUGGGCGGGAUCAGCAGACUCGGUGGACAACCCUGCCUUCACACGCUCCGAUGAGUUACUGCACCUGCGAGCGCUCGACCGCCCCUGCUGCUACCAUGACGACACACUGUCACUGGCCUCCACCUGCCCCAGCCAUGGAACACACAUCAACACAAUCUACCCACACAGCUCUCAGUAUGGUUGGAGGGGAAGUGGAGUGAGUAUGGGGGAGGGUGUGUUGGACUCCGGUAAGGCCAGUGAUCUUUCCGUCUGUAGCUGGCCCGUGGAGCCCAUUCACUGGACUCCAUUCCCACUUUUGCAGCAACUGGCUUCCCACAGGACACCCACACAGGUGAGGGUUUCAAGGCCACGGUCGUACUGUGAAGGCAUGGAGCUGGUGGAGAUGGGGAAGAGCUGGACGGCUUGAUCACACGUGAUGACGAAUGAAUGAAAUCUGUUUUGACGCUUUUGACGUUUGUAGCACAUCUUGGCUUUCAAAAGAUCAAAUGUAUUGUUUGUUUAAAAUAAAAAUUGUAAAACAACAA